AUACCAAUGUUUUCCUUGUCAAUUAAUAUGGGAAAUUUUACAUAUUGUGUGUUCUUCGAUUUCAUAAAAUAUUUUGUAAAUUUUGGACUGGUUCCGCACUAAGUGUCUUUUUGAAUAAUCGUAGCCGCUUUAAUAUUCAACUCUACAUGGCUAAGAAAAUUCAUUUUAAUUAUUAAAUUUAAUUCAAUAUGUCAAUUCUUGGUACUAUACACGAAGACGUGACUAGCGAUGUCCUUGGAAAAAUCGGUUCUUGGCAGUGGCUAGUAACAUUUGUUUCAAGCACAUUUAUGCUAUCAACUAUAUUUAAUCAUUACGAAGAUAUUUUUCUUAUGGAACCGUAUGGAGUAAUAUGCGUAACGUCUCAACACUCCGAAGUAACAAACAAGAGUCUCUGUUUCAUCUCUCUCAAAAGUAACGAGUCAUUACUUCAAUGUAACAAAUGGAAUGUGAACUUGCUGUGGCUUAUUUGGUUAAAAAAAACUUGGCUUGUAUUUUGUGAUCAUAAGUUGAAACUUCUAACAACAGCAUUAAUAAGCCGUUUUGGUUUAGUGUUCGGAUUUAUAAUUUAUGGAUUGAUUUCAGACAGUUUUGGAAGAAAAACUGCUAUUAAAAUAAAUAUAUAUUCCGAUCUAGGAAUGGGACUCCUUAUGACAUUUUGUGAUUCCGAAGGCUGGUUCCGACUAUUAGUGUUCUUAAAAUCAUUAUUUUAUAGCGCAAAUUUUUACAUGGGACUUUUAAUAGUUUGCGAGAUUGCAAGCAACAGAUGGCGCUCUCGGCUAAGCAUGAUUGUAAUCACUCCCCGGUUGCUGGCUUCUGUGUGUAUGGUGCCUCUAGGAAACCACGCACUAAAUUCUGAAACAUACAACUUUGUUUCAUCUAUUCUGUGCGUUGUAUAUAUUAUUUUACUCAGAUGGACUCCAGAGUCUCCGCAAUGGUUAUUGUUUAACAGGAGAGUAGAAUUAGCUGAAAAAAUAUUAUUGGAUGCUGCUAAAAGAAAUGGCAUUAAACUAUGUGAUGAUUUCAAAAUUCGCCCAAUUAAUCAUAGAGCGUACAAUAGCAUAGACGAAUCAGCUACAUGUGUGGGAGUUUUAAGUACCCACAACACCAGAGUAAUAGUUUUGGUUAUUUGUGUGUUCUGGCUGCUCUACUAUUUCUCAUGGAGUUCGCUUUAUGUUAGAGUAUACAGCGAGAAAGAUACCAGUCAAUUGCUAAUAAAGACAUUCUGCUUCAUCGGAACUCUUGGGUGCCUUACAGCUAUAUUAUCUGCAAAGUUGACGUUACGAUGUUUAUUGUUGGGACAUGUACUUGUGGCAGGCGUUUGCACUAGCAGCGUUAUAUUCUUUUCCAAGGGUUUUUUACACGACAUUAUAUCCGCAUUCGCCAUUGGAUCAGGCGUCAUCGGCCAAGCUUUAUUACUGAUUAUAACACCUCGACUCUUCGCUAUCAAUAUCCGAACUACAAUCUUAGGUUGCUGCCACGCCGCUGGUCAGCUGGGAUCUAUGAUCAGCUACAUAUUCUUUAUGUUUCAUCCGCUGACAGACAUAACAUCUAUGGCUGUACAUAUUGUAGUAACAUUAGGUCUGGCAGGAUUAUGCUUGGCGCUACUAGAUGUCGAUGGCAGGGAGAUACCUGAUGUUAUUGAGGAUAUGGACUAUUUUUCGGAGUUAUCAAAACCUCUUCGUUGGGUCUCACAGAAGACAAGCUCACCUUCUAGAGAAGAAAUGGAAAUAAGGGUAUAUUCAUUUGGCAGCGCGGGCCGAUCUUUAUCUACGCCAAGCAAUUUAGUAGAAAGGGAACCUGCUCAACCUAUAGGAUAUCUGAAACUGUGGCGCAGAUUCGUAAAGUUUAUGCGAAGGACACAUUGAUUCGGUCUCCUUAAAAAUAAAUAUGAACUCGAAAAAUCUUAAAUCUCUUUUUAUACAUAAUGGAUUAAAUAAAAUUCCGAUUACUUUUACA